AUUGUCCCCGUUAUUUCAAAACGCAACUAAAAUUCCAUAUACUUUCAAAACGGUUUUGGGGAUUGGUUAAUUCUCAAAGAAAGGAAUCACCAUAGAUUCCGUUCAAAAUGGGUGUAUUUAACGGGUUUGGAUAAUCCUCUUCUUCCUUUACCGUAAUCUUCUUCUUCUUCUUCCUUUAAUUUCACAUGGAAUUUGUUUCCUCAAAAUGGGUCUUACCAUUUCUGUUUACCCUUUGGCUCCUCUUCUCAGUUGCACUGUCAGUGUUUUUGUUUGAUUAAUACUGAAUGAAUGAAGUGGAAGGAUUAAAGGGGAAUUCCAAAGUAAGAGGAGUGAAUUUAGGUGGGUGGUUGGUGAUUGAAGGGUGGAUUAAGCCUUCUCUCUUUGAUGGAAUUUCCAAUGGAGAUAUGCUUGAUGGGACAGAGGUGCAAUUUAAGUCAGUGACAUUGCAGAAGUAUGUUUCUGCUGAGAAUGGAGGUGGCUCAGAUGUCUCAGUCAGUAGGGAUAUACCUUCUACCUGGGAAACUUUCCGGUUAUGGAGAGUAUCCGAGACUGAAUUCCAAUUGCGCUCCACGGAAGGGCAAUUCUGGACUUGUGAUGGCCAAGGAAGCUCGGUAUCAGCUACUACAGAUGCACCAGCGUCUAGUGGUAGUACGUUUUUCAUAGAAAAACUCAACAAUAGCAGCAGAGUUCAUAUAAAACUUCAGAGUGGCAUUUAUUUGCAGGCUCUGACAGAAAGCCAGCUUACAGCAGAUUAUCAAGGAAUCCCAGGAUGGGAUGAUAAUGCAGCCACCUUUGUGAUGACAAUUGUGUCCAAUAAUCUUCAUGGUGAUUUCCAGCUUGCAAAUGGAUAUGGACAUGCCAAGGCCAAAGAAGUUCUGGAGGAACACAGAAAUAGCUUUAUCACCAUAAGUGACUUCUAUUUUCUCAGUACGCAUGGGAUAAAUACGGUGAGGAUUCCUGUUGGCUGGUGGAUUGCUUUCGAUCCUGAUCCUCCUGCACCUUUCAUUGGAGGAUCAUUGGCAGCAUUAGACAACGCGUUUUCCUGGGCCCAAACAUAUAAUAUAAAGUGCAUAGUUGAUCUUCAUGCUGCCCCUGGUUCUCAAAACGGAAUGGAACAUAGUUCUAGCAGAGAUGGUUCAGUUGACUGGCCUACUUCACAAGAUAAUAUUGAUAAAACAUUGGAUGUUAUUGAUUUCUUGGCCUCCAGGUACGCAAAGCACCCUGCAUUGUUGGGAAUCGAGCUCUUGAAUGAGCCGUCGGCUGCAGGAGUUUCCCUGGAUAUUUUGGUUUCCUACUACCAAAAAGGCUACCAGACUGUAAGAAAGUAUUCCCCAACGGCUUAUGUUAUCGUCUGCCAGCGAAUAGGCAAUGCAGAUCCUCUUGAACUUUAUCAGGCUAACAUAGGUUUCACAAACGUCGUGGUAGACCUGCACUACUACAAUCUUUUCGAUACUUUCUUCGUUAAUAUGAGCUCAGCUCAGAAUGUUGACUAUGUAUACAAGAGCAGGGAAGCUCAACUGCAACAGCUUAACAAUGCAAGUGGUCCACUUCUUUUCAUAGGUGAAUGGGUGAAUGAAUGGAAUGUAACAAGGGGAUCAGAACAAGAUUACCAGAGUUUCGGAAAAGUGCAGUUAGAUGUUUAUAAUGCUGCUUCAUUUGGAUGGGCUUAUUGGACACUCAAAAAUGACAGGAAGCACUGGGAUUUUGAAUGGAAUAUCAGAAACAAGUAUCUUGAAUUCACUUGCUGGUGUACAAAUCCCAUGACAGGUUCAACCACAGUAAAUGGGGUUGCAUUUCCAACAGCAAAGAUGAGCAUUGUAGAACAAAUGGGAUUUUCUCUGUUCUGAUCAAGGUCUGCAUUAACAGCCCUUCAACAAAUAAUGCUGAAUGAAAGAAUUAUUUUUCCAGAUUUGAAGCCGGGCAUUAACACAAAAAAAUCAUGCCCAAACUCAUAAAUUCGGUGCAGGCUUUUCAGGCCGAAAUGGGUUUUAGGGCUUUCGGGUCGGGCUUAGGCUUGAUCUAAUUGUGUGUUUGAGGUUGCCUAAACCUGCACUUUUGUGCUGGGCCGGGUCGGGCCGAGCCAUGGACUGGGCUAUAGUUGAUCAGGUCUAAAGCCAGAGGAUUGUGAUGUUAGUAACAUCUACCAUUGAAAUAACAGGCGAAUUCCACAAUACGAACACAAGCAAGCCUUUCCUGAACCAUCUCUGCGCCUUUCUCACAUACUUUUUCUUCUAUUCUGUCCCAAGGAAGACCAAGUUGUACCAGAGUGUAUACAGGAAGUUCUGUGUAAUGAGCUGCUUUGGUCAAGCUCCUUACUGCAACGCCCCAUUUUACGGUAUCUGUUUUGGGUCUAUUUUUCUGGGUUUUUUCGCAUUGUCUAGAGAGUUCUAUAUAAACUCUCUAGGACAUAACCUAGUUGUAUUAUGUAAUCUGCAUUGUUCGAUCAAGAUCAAAUAAUACAUUCCUCUCCUCUGUCCGUGGACGUAGUUAACACAUUGUUAAGUUAACCACGUUAAAUCUCUGUGUUCUUUAUAGUCUUUCUUGCUUCCGUUAUAAACACCGUUUAGGCCUCCAA